UACGAUAUGUGUUGCAAGAUUGGACAAACUUAACUAUCACACGAUAGAGUUAACUUUAUCAUUUUUGUAAAGUGUUCCAGGAAUACAACAUGUCUGUAAACUUUGUCCUGUUCUUGUGUUUUUUCUAUGGAUACGAUAGAUCAUACGGGGAGGUACUAGAUCCAGACAAUCAACCCCGACAAUGGCAAGAUCUAGUUACAUUCGUUAACCAGAAAAUCGGUAGCAUGGAACAUCUGAUGAACAUUAAAAAUGAACGCCUCGACCAAUUGGAAAGUAAAUUACGUGCACAGGAAACAGAAAUAUCAUCACUGAAAGAGUUAAUGCUUCAGAAGGAUACAAUUCUGAGCAAUCUGGUAAAGCAAGUUACGGAUUUAAAGAAGGGUGAAAUUAUGAACACGAUUUCCGAUACAAGUAUUGAACAUCUGGCCCGCGCGUCAUCAUCCACCUCUGUCAACAGUACGUCAGACGUCACAGACACCCCUGAUGGUGCCCGAGUAGACACUGAUGCACAUACAGCCGGUGAUAGAAUGGGAGAAUACAACACCAGACGCCAACAAGAUGCUCUAAGCGAUGUAACAAUACCAAAACAGUAUAACCGUGUAGCCCCACCUACACCAAAACAAACCGUUGCUUUCCACGCCUACCGCACCUCAUCUAUAACCCUAGGGACACAAGCCACAGUAAUCUUUGACCACGAGGAUCUGGACCAUGGAGACGGAUAUAGCCCGGCUGACGGGCUCUAUACGGUACCGGAGUCGGGUACCUACGUCAUCACAUGGACCAUGUUUGCUUAUCAUCACAAUGCGUACCAAAAUGUAUUGGUCGUAAACGGAGCGACAAGGGGAAUGUCUUGGACAGAUUCAGAUGAAAUCGGUGACUACCAUCAAACAACAGGAAUCACAGUUCUGACGUUGAAACAGGGCGAUCAUUUGUUUAUUCGUAUGGGUCAAAUAUAUCAUGGGAAAAUCUUCAGUGACAGUACUUAUUCACGACCAACGUUUUCGGGUUGGAAACUUGAUUAAAGAAAAUAGCGAUGCGAUUGUUAAAUCUAUAAUAUUACAACAGAACCGAUAGCCGAUGGUUAUUUUUUAUAUUGGAAGUGACCUUGAUGAACACGGAGUGCAUUUUACAUCAUAAGUACAUCUAACUGUGAGCUACGAAAACACCAAAGCAUUCCAUUCCCCACCAAGAAAAAAAACUCUAACCAGAGUUGUCGUUCCUUACACUCAUUACGAACGAUAACUCUGGGUAGAUAUUGAUCUUUUUCGACAUAGCCGUUACAGAUCGUUUCGGAUAAAUGAUGUCAUUACAUUUAACAAGUGCAGAGGGAUAUUUUCUAUAGUUCCUACAAUUGAGAAAUGAACAAACCACAACCUCUGUAUUUGGAAAUGGCGACGGUCUCAAGUCACUUAUAUUUACACGCAAGUUGAAACCAACACAACAUGUCCAUCACUAUCCUCUAAAACAGAACAGUAACUGCGUAACACCCACGAAACUUUUGAAAUUACGAGUUACCUCCCGUUGACCAAUCAGCACGUGUAUAUAAUCGGUUAUUUUAUAGAAUUAUUUCUUCAUAUUAUGUUUUAACAAUGUGUUAGUCACAACAUGAUUUUGUACGUAUAUAAACGGGUUAAUAGAGCGAUCACUUUUUAUUAAAAUUAUACCUUGCUUUUGUUCACUACGGCUUGCUUUACUAUAUAAUAAA